UUACUGCGAUCAAGAAAAUUAGAAAACUUACCCAUUUCUUGGGCGAUUCCUUGCAUUAAGAUAGGCCAAGAAAUUUCUUGCGAUCUGUCUACUACCCAUCAAGCACAUGCGCAGUUUUACACCAUGCUGUCUUGUGAACAACUAGAUAGACAAUUUGAAUGAACCAUAGCAACCGUUGAAGGUUGCACACCUGUACGAACUCUCAGGAACCUCAACCUGGCUUCCUUUUGUCAAUACUAACAGGCAAACCGGCAAGCAGCGCAUAAACAACGUGUCAAUCAACAGCUGGUUGUUUUUGUCGGUGAAAGCAUAACCGUCGAAAGGAAAACCUCCUUGGUGCUAUCGACCAAACGCCAGGGGUGAAAAUAGUUCGGCAUAAAUUCCUGCACUGUGCUACAGUUCGGUUCGGUAAAGUUUUGUUCUGUGAUCUGAAUAAUGUCCGCCGUUCGACGUGGGGGAAAAUCCGGUCGUGGAAAGACCGCGAAAACUUCCAAUCGAAAAGGGAGUUCAGUUACCGGUAGUGCGAAUGGUCCAUUGAAGGAUAAAGUUCUUCUGAAGCAGGAAAGUGAGGAAUCGGAAUCUACGGAUGCCGUAUCAUCGUCGGAUGAGGAAGAACGUUGGAAGGAAUCCAAGCAUACCAAUGACGUUCCGUCGGAGUACUGGCACAUCCAGAAGCUGGUCAAGUACAUGAAGGCGGGCAACCAGACGGCGACGAUUGUGGCGCUGUGCUGCCUCAAGGAUCACGACCUGACGACGCAGAUGAACCAACGGGCGAUUCAGGACUGCGGCGGGCUGGAAGUGCUCGUUAAUCUACUCGAGAGCAACGAUCUCAAGUGUCGACUGGGAGCACUGACGGUCCUGUCGGAGAUCUCGUCUAAUUUGGACAUCCGCCGAUCGAUAGUUGACCUAGGAGGUAUUCCGCUGUUAGUGCAGAUACUGUCGGAACCCGGGCGGGACCUGAAGGUAAUGGCAGCCGAAACGCUGGGCAAUGUGGCCAAGGUGCGGUUGGCGCGCAAGCUGGUCCGGAAGUGCGGCGGAGUGCCAAGGCUGGUCGAUUUGCUCGACGUCAAUAUCAGCAUACUUCGGUCCCAGCGCGACCAGCUCAGCGAAGACGAGCGCGAAAUGUUGGACAUGGCCCGCGCCGGGGCGCGAGCUCUCUGGUCUCUGUCCGAGUCCCGACACAACAAGGAACUGAUGUGCAAGGGCGGCAUCGUCCCGUUGAUGGGCAGACUGCUGAAGAGCAUUCACAUCGACAUCGUGGUUCCGACUAUGGGUACCAUACAGCAGUGCGCCUCGCAGGCUAACUAUCAGCUGGCCAUCACCACCGAGGGAAUGAUUUUCGACAUUGUGUCGCACCUGACCUCGGACAACCUGGACCUGAAGCGGCAGUGCAGUUCGGCCAUCUUCAAAUGUGCGAGUGAUAAGACAGCAAGUGACAUGGUACGUGAGUCAGGAGGCCUAGAACCAUUGGUCGGUAUUGCUCGGGAUAAGUCCGUGCGUGACAACAAGCCCUUACUGGCGGCAGCAACGGGCGCUCUGUGGAAGUGCGCGGCCAGUGAAGCCAACGUCAAAAAACUUGACCAACUGAAGACAGUUCAGGUUCUGGUACAGUUGCUCAACGACGAGAGCGAAGACGUUCUAACCAAUGCCGCUGGAGCUAUCUCGGAGUGUGUCAAGUAUCAGAACAACCGCGAAACGCUCCGUCAGUGCGGAGGCAUACCACUGCUGGUCAAUUUACUCAACAUGACUCACGCACCACUGUUGGAAAACAUUGCCAAAACCCUGCACGAAUGUGCUUCGGAUCCGGAGAGUAUGACCAUCAUGGAAGAUUUGGACGCCAUUCGUUUGAUUUGGUCAUUGCUGAAAAACUCCAACCCGAAAGUUCAAGCUCACGCCGCUUGGGCGCUGUGUCCCUGCAUCGAAAAUGCUAAGGACUCUGGAGAACUGGUCCGUAGCUUCGUGGGUGCUUUAGAGCUGGUCGUCGGGUUGCUUAGCUCUCGGGAUAACUUUGUCCUGUCGGCUGUUUGUGCCGCCAUUGCCACCAUCGCCAAGGACAGGGAAAACCUGUCGGUCCUCUCCGAUCACAAGGUAAUUCCCAUGCUGGCUCACCUGGUGUACACCACGGACGAUUUGCUGCGGGAAAAUUUGGCGGCUGCCAUAGCGAGUUGUGCACCGUACGCACAGAACACCCAGGAGUUGGGCCGCCUGCGAACCGUGACGCCCAUCGUUGGCUACAUGGUCAGCAACAACCCACGAGUGCACCGGACCACGGCGAUGGCACUGCAGAAGCUCUCGGAAGACCCUCAGAAUUGUAUUACGAUGCAUCAGAGCGGCGUGGUUCCAUUUCUCUUGGAAACUGUUGGCUCUAAGGAUCGUGAGCUACAGGAGGCUUCCGCUGGUUGUCUGCAGAAUAUCAGGAAGCUGGCCCUGCGCGCAGAGGAGCUCGAAUUUAGAGGAGAGCAUUAGAGGAGGUGGUUUUUUGAUUCACAUAUUGUAUCUGUUAACACUUGUUUGACAUUUCUUUGAAAUUAAACUGUAUUGAGGUGUUUGUUUUGAAGUCUUA